GUUUGGACUCGGAGUUGGACGGAGCAUUCCUCUGGACCAGAAUGUGAAUUAAAUACCACUGUCGGUAUGAGCAUGAGUGAAUUAAUUCUCCCACUGCAAAGGCGUUGCACAUGACAGAGCCUCGCACUAUGGAGGAGACGGCAGGUGUCGUCUGUUGCACCUGAUGUCAUGACGCGUGUGUUGAUAUUCCCUUGACAACCGCGGAUCGGAUACCAAUAUUCAGGGGCCAUCAUGCCCAUCACGCUUCUGUGGGCCGUGGACGUGUACGGCAGGGUGUUCAGCCUCUCCACAGCCGGCCAGCGCUGGGAGCGUGGAGGCGAUAUGCUGCUAGAGCUGAAGCGUGUCACCUCGGGGAAGGGACGCUGCUGGGGCAUCGGCUGUGACCACCAUGUUUACCUCAACAUGAUGCCCAGUGAGACACCCAUCCGCUACCGGGAGGAGACCUAUGAAAACCAGAGGUGGAACCCAGUGGACGGUUUCACUGACACGCUGCUGCCCACCGACCGCUGGCCGUGGAGUGACGUGACUGGGAUGAAUCCUCAACCACUCCACAGCUUCCAGUUGCCCUCCCGCAGCUGGGAGUGGGAGGGAGACUGGUAUGUGGAUCAGAGCUUCGGAGGAGAACCCAGUCAGACUGGGGGCUGGGAGUAUGCAGUCGAUUUCCCGGCCAGCUUCUCCCCAGACAAGAAGUGGAAUUCCUGUGUUCGUCGUAGGCGCUGGAUCCGCUACAGGAGAUACAUCGCACAAGGCUCCUGGGCCAAGAUCCCCCGGGACAAUCCCAAGAAACCUCCGCUGCCGCUCUGUGACAUCAGCUGUGGUGGUUGGGAGAUGAGCGACCAGUCUGGAAGAUAUCCCUACCUCUGGGGUGUGUCCCAACAAGGACAGGUGUGGUUCAGAGAGGGCAUCCACCCUCGGGUCCCAGAGGGCUCCAGCUGGGAAGAGGUAGAAGUGCCCAAAGAGGUGGCUCAGUUAUCAGCUGGUCCUGGAGACCUGCUGUGGGCUUUACUCUGGGAUGGGAAUCUGCUGGUUCGUACCGGUCUCAGCCUGGACAGUCCGACUGGCACAUCAUGGGUAGAGGUGGAAUCACCAGGAAAGGAGAUCGAAGUGCUUCAUGUGGCCGUGGGGGUCAGUGUGGUCUGGGUGGUCACUAAAGACUACAAGGUGUGGUUCAGGCGUGGCGUGAACUCUCACAACCCCUGUGGCUCCGGCUGGAUCAGCAUCGGAGGCGAGAUGAUGAUGGUGGAUGUGGGACUCAAUGACCAGGUGUGGGCAGUUGGUGAGGACCGUGGCCUGUAUUUCAGAAUGGGUGUAACUCCGUCUGAACCAAGUGGGAAUGGCUGGAUUCCUGUUUCUGCCCAAUGGGGCAAUAGUAAAGAGGUUGUUCCACCCAGAAAUGACUGUGAGUUUAGUGGCCAACUGACUGAGGCCUCACAAGGCUCAGUUCUGAGCUGCACUGACUCAGACUCAGAGUUAGGUCCUUCUGACCCACAAAACAGCACUGACACCCCAGUCCUGGAGGCAGCAGCCCCCUCUGUAGUCCCUUUGGGAGGAGCCGACACUUUUACACCUCCCUUGCAGGCAGAGGAUGCUCCCUUAGCUUCCCAACAGGAUGCCCCCAAACCCUUCAUCCCCGCCAGCGACAGCUUCAUCAACAGCCUGGUCUCAGACCGUGACAAAACUUCCACACCGCAACCGACCAUCACAGAGAUACCGCAGGAGGAGGCUGAGGAGCCGUCCCCAGCCCCGAUACUCCUGACCCCUGAGGCUGCAGGACAUGAUAUCCCCUGGAUGAAUGUGGAUCUGGAGGGGGCAGAAGCAGCUCGAAGUGCACAGGCGGCGGGGCUUUCAUUGGCUGAUGGCGGUGCUGCAGCCACCUACACACUGGGGGCUCAGGGUGUCGGAGAAGAGGACGGCCCAGUGUGGACCUGGAUCUCCGGUGGAGGCUGCGAUGUGGAUGCAAAUUCACAGAUCAGCUGGCUUAGCCCCACAGGUCCUCUCACCAGCUCUCUGUCACUGACUCCGGUUCAGUCAGCAGCCUGGAGCGAGCAGCAGCAGCAGGAGCAUAGAGAGGAGAUCGCCAAGAAACCGCUGGAAAGAAGCAACUCUGUGUGGGUGCGUAAAGGUGCGUUGCGUUGGUGGAGAGACUGGAAGCCUCAGCGCUGGGUGGAUGUGGGUGUUGCUCUGGAGCAGUCCACCAAGCCUGAUGGCAGGAAGGACAGCAUUUUCUUUGUCUAUUACAUGCACUAUGAUGAGAAAAAGUACCUUGAUGUGUUUAUAAAUGACGUGACGGCACUGGUUCCAGUGCUCAGGGACUGCCACUAUGCCUUUGCUGUGUACACAGCCCAAAGGACCAAACAGCGGUGGCCUCUGGUCCUGGCAGCACAGACUGAGAAGGACAUGAAUGACUGGUUGUGCCUGUUGUCUGAUUGCUGCUGUGAGUGUCGAGGGAUCACAGGUCCCCCGUCCAGACAGGCCCUGUGGUCCACCACCUCAAAGGGAGACAUCAUGGUCCAUGAGCCGUCCUUCUCCCUGGAGGCUGCUGCAAACACACUGGCCUGUGACCUCAUGUUCUGGCGGCACGUCCCGGGACACCUGCGCUGUGUAGAGUCUAACAGUCUGGGGCUGGUGUGGGGCAUCGGGUGGGACGGCACCGCCUGGGUCUACAGUGGGCGCUAUGGGCAAGAGCCAUCCCCGGGAGAUGCCGUUCAGAUGCAGCAGCAGACUGAUGUCAGGAGUGUACAUGUGUAUGAGAAUCAAAGAUGGAACCCUAUGACAGGAUAUACAGACAAAGGACUUCCUACAGACCGCCCCAUGUGGAGCGAUGAAAGCGGCUUGAAAGAGUGCACCAAAGGCAACACACACCCACCCUCCCCUCAGUGGUCCUGGGUGUCAGAGUGGGCUGUGGACCACAAUGUCCCUGGAGGAACAGACAAAGAGGGCUGGCAGUAUGCUGCAGACUUCCCUGUGACGUUUCAUGGCCACAAAACCAUGAAAGACUUUGUCAGGCGCAGGAGAUGGACGAGGAAGUGUAAGAUCACUUUGAGAGGUCCGUGGCAGCAGGUCCCACCCAUCCCGCUGAGUGACAUCUCUCUGAUGCCAUGUCUGGCUCAGAGCAGGAUGGAGCAGGUCCCUCUCUGGGCCCUCAAUGACAAGGGAGAUGUCCUGUGUCGACUGGGAGUCAGCCCCCAAAACCCAGCGGGCAGCUCCUGGCUACAUGUAGGCACAGAUCAGGCCUUCAAGUCCAUCUCCAUAGGUGGAGCCAACCAGGUGUGGGCCAUCGCCAAGGAUGGAGCCGUGUUCUACAGAGGAUCAGUGUCCCCACAAAACCCUGCAGGGGAAUGCUGGUACCACAUCCCUUCUCCACCAAGGCAGACCCUGAGGCAGCUGUCUGUGGGCCGGACCUCUGUCUUCGCUGUAGAUGAAAGCAGUAACCUGUGGUACAGACAGGGCCUCACCCCGAGCUACCCUCAGGGCUCUGCCUGGGAGCUUAUCUCGAACAACGUCACCAAGGUUUCUGUGGGACCGUUGGAUCAGGUGUGGAUCAUAGCAGACGGGGUUCCAGGCUUCCCUGCGGAGACUCCGGGAGCUGUCUGCCACAGGCUGGGGGUGGGACCCAUGCAACCCAAGGGCCAGUCCUGGGACUAUGGUAUAGGGGGAGGGUGGGAACACGUCAGUGUGAGAGGGAACUCAGCAGAGGCUCCACGUGCCCCCCAUCCUCCUCCACCUGCUGGACCCCCACGUAGCCCGCUCCCCCCGCGACCUCCAACACAAGUGAACGGGAACGCCGUGGGUGUGUAGCACCUGCCCAUCACCUCCUCCCCCUGCCCCAGCCCUGUUUGUGCCUGGAUCUACAUUUGUCUCCUCAGACCAUUCCCACAGGCUCUUAUCCCUUCAUGCAAGGGGAAUGCACAAUCACUCCACUGAGUUUAUAUUGUAUAUUUCGGUUGGAUUUGACUCUUGAUCGAUGGAUGAAUGUUACUCCCUGGCUUGUUUCCCUGGCAGAAACCAUGCCAGUAUGCAGUGAUGACCAAACAGAAAGGGGAGCACAGGAGCAUUUAAGUAGGAUGGAUCUUGAGUGCAUGUGUUUGCUCUUACUAGGCUUUGGCUACUGGGUGUUUUGGGAUCUAGCAAUAGCUUUUAUUCUUAUAUACAGUAUCCUGUGAAAACCCAAGAGGGUGGGACUUCGAUAAAGGGCUAAGGCUUGGGUACCAAACUAACUCGUCUUCAAACGUACAAUCCCGCUGUAGCCUAGAUUGUCUUGGUUUAUAGAAUCUUGUUGUUUUGUUUGUGUUUGUGUCUGUUUUGCCUGUCAUACAUUUGCAUGUGAUUUUAUUAUCAUUUAUUUAUUUAUUUAUUCAUCUAUUAUGCAUUUGUUGAAUUUUGUUUCUCCAUUGGUUUUGGCCUAUUAUAUGUUUGCAAUGGCGUGUUUUCCGCCCACAUCGCUAUGUCCAGCCUUCCUAAUAUUGAGGGCGUUUUUCAAAAGGACUGGCACAAUUUAAGAUACCAUGUGAAAAUAUGAAUUCAGAUAAUACCUCUCUAUCCUCCUGCAACGAGGACAAGUUCUUCCUGUUAGUAUCAUACCCAUCUACAUAACUGCUAUGACCGUGACUGUUGAAACUGCACAGCAGGUCUGAAUGUCACCGUGACUGGACAUUCAUCUUACAAGGGCAUUGAAAUGUGAAAUAAAAUUAUAAAAAUGUUGCUGCAUGUUCUGAUGUCAUUUCAUAAUAGAUUUGGAAAACAGCAGCAUGUGGGCUAACAGCAGUGAAUCAUUCACCUUUUAUUUAAUUAAUUUGACUGUGAGUGUUUCCUUCUGAGAAAUGUUGACUCUUCUUUAGAGAGCGAGAGAAAUGACUAAUCUGUGAUACUGCAUUUAAUUUGUUUUUGAAAUAAGCCCAAAGUGCCACUUGUAUUGACACUAGCACCACAACUGGAUUAAAGAUCCCCAGCCAGA